GUUACCUUAUUCAGUUGUAAGAUUUAAUACUGAAUACGAAGAAGACGAUGAAACAUAUUCUGUGAUCCCGAGUACAUGGUUAAAAGAAAAUGAUAAAUAUUCAUAUUGGCCGAAAAAGGAUACACGGAAUUGCAUCAUAAAAUGUAAAAAACCACAGAAUGACUGGAUUAUUCACCCGGUUACUGUAAUUGCUAAAUAUAAUUCAUAUGAACAUGCUAUCCAGAAAGAGAAGAGAUUAAUGGAAGAAAAAAGCAAUACCGAAUCAGAAUCCCAAUUAGGUCGUGGACUUCGAAAGAAAAUAGUUUCAUAUCGCAUUUCGAAAGAAAAUGAUAUUUCAGAUAGCUCUAAUAGUAGCUCAAGUAAUAAAAUCAGCGAUUGUGAUUCCAUUCCCGAAUUAAAUGAAAACUUACACCAACAAGAUAAUGAUAUUAAUCAAAAUAUUGAUGAUAAUGAUACACAAAUCUUGGACAUAAAUGAAAUUCCUAUUGUUAUACAAGCAGAAGACAGCAAUAUUAUUCCUGCAAAAGAUGUUAUUCCUAUACACAAUCAUACUACUGGAACUCUAAAUUCCAUAUUACGAAACGUACUUGAAAUAAAAUUAAUGUGCAGACGAAUAGAUGAGCGUUUCAAUAUUUUAGAAAAUAACAAUAAUAACAUAAAUAUUCAUCGUAAUAACAAUUUGCUUCCACCAUUACUAAUGGAUUGUCUCGAAGAUAUAAAUAAUUUUGAAACUAUACUAGUAUCUGAGGAGGCACAAUUACAGCUGGUCAAUAUAUUAACUAUGACUGGUGGCACGACUGAAAAGGAUGCAAUGAAGAGGGCAUUGCAGAAAUUAUUUACGAAUAAUCUAGCUACAAAAUGCUUUUGGACUAGAGCCAAACAAAAUUUUACAUUAAAAGAUUUGAAACUAAUUAUGUGCAUGAAAAAUGCCAUAAAAAAAACUUGUUCCACCAUAACAGAGGCACAAUUCGAAGAAAUUUUAAAAGCAUGGUUCAGACAGUCAAAUCUGUGGUUAAAUCGUCAAAAUAACAAGAAUAAAAAUAAGAAUAAUACUGAAGAGAAUAACAAGAAUAAUAAAAAUGAAAAUGCAAAUGAUACUGUGGGAAAUGACGUUGUACACUAG